AUUGAUUUGGGGAUGAGUACAAUAUUUUGUUGAAAGUUCUAAUUUUCUCUCGAUUAAAAAUGUCUAUUUGUUUCUCUCCAGUUCAAUUACCUGUUUAGUGCUUAUACCAGCAGUUAUUGCAACGGACUCCUGCUAUUAAAGAGGUGAACUUCAAAUUCCCAGUGGACUAAAUGCGCUUGUUACCACAUGAACUCAAACCUCUCCUAUUGACAUGUAAACAUAAUGCAUUGGUUUCUCAAAUUCACGCUCUUAUGGUAGUAUCUGGGUUAUUUUCCCAUGGAAACUCCAUUGCCCCAUUAAUAUCAUCAUAUGCCAAAGUGGGUGAUCUCAAAUCUGCCCACAAAUUGUUUGAUAAAAGUCCCCUGAGGAGAGUAGAUUUUUGGAAUGCUAUGAUCAUUGCCUAUUCAAAAAAUGAGUUCCCUUUUGAGGUUGUAAAUGUUUAUAAUCAAAUGGUCCUUGAAGGUGUCAAACCUGAUAGCUCAACUUUUACUGUGGUACUUAAGGCGUGUACGAUAUUGCAGGAUUUGGAGAAGGGUGAAGAGAUUUGGGACAAGGUUGUUGAGUGUGGGUAUAAAAAUGAUGUCUUUGUUGGGUCCUCUGUUUUGAACCUGUAUGCCAAAUGUGGGAAGAUGGAUAAAGCAGGAGCUGUAUUUGAGAAAAUGCAGAGGAGGGAUGUUGUUUGUUGGACUACAAUGAUAACGGGUUUUGUACAGAGUGGGAAAGGGAGAGAGGCUGUGGAUUUGUAUAGGAGGAUGCAAAGGGAAGGUAUGGUAGGUGAUGGUGUUGUUAUGUUGGGUUUGAUGCAGGCUUCUGCUAAUAUUGCAGACACGAAAUUGGGUUCGUCAGUUCAUGGCUAUAUGAUCCGCAGAGCCCUUCCUAUGGAUGUCAAUAUACUGACUAGCCUUGUUGAUAUGUAUGCUAAGAAUGGAGAGUUGGAGAUAGCUACUCGUGUAUUUCGGAAAAUGCCUUUUAGGAAUACUGUUACUUGGAGUGCUUUGAUUUCUGGCUAUGCUCAAAAUGGCUUUGCUGUUAAUGCUCUUCAACUGCUGAUAGCGAUGCAACUGUUAGGAUUCACACCUGAUGUAGCUUCACUUGUAAGUGCACUUCUAGCAUGUUCUGAUGUUGGCUCUUUAAGAUUGGGUAGAUCAAUUCAUGGUUAUGCUGCCAGGAAAGUCAUCAUGGAUCAAGUUUUAAGUACUGGAUUGAUUGAUAUGUAUGCUAAAUGUGGGCUCAUUUCUUGUGCCCGUUCCAUUUACGACCGCAUCAGUUCUAAGGACUUGAUAUGUUGGAAUACGAUUAUAGCAUGCUAUGGGAUCCAUGGGCAAGGAAGAGAGGCACUUACCCUUUUCCAGCAGAUGAAGGACGAGAUAGAACCAGAUCAUGCAACUUUUGCUGCUCUUCUUUCAGCUUUGAGUCACUCGGGAUUAGUGGAGGAAGGUCGACAUUGGUUUGAUGUCAUGGUGAAUGAAUACAAAAUUAAACCUUCUGAGAAGCAUUAUGCUUGUUCAGUUGAUCUUUUGGCUCGAGCUGGUGAAGUUGAAGAAGCUAAAGAACUCAUCACUUCUAUGGAAACUAAACCUGGGCUUGCUGUUUGGGUUGCCCUUCUAUCUGGUUGCCACAAACAUAAGAAAUUUUCCAUUGGAGAAUUGGCAGCAAACAGGGUACUUGAAUUAAUUCCCGAGAACACAGGUACUUUCGUGUUGGUAGCGAAUUUCUUUGCAGCAGCAAAAAUGUGGGAUAAAGCAGCUUCUGUGAGGAAGCUUAUGAAAAAGACAGGGAUGGCAAAAGUUCCUGGCUACAGUGCUGUAGAGGUAAAUGGGAGACUCCAUGCUUUUCUUAUGGAUGAUACAAGUCACCCUCAAUAUGAACAGAUAAUGGGACUUCUAUGCAAUCUGGAAAAUGAGAUGAAAGCUAUGGGAUAUGUCCCAAAGACUGACUUUGUGCUGCAGAAUCUUGAAGAAGAUGUCAAAGUGAAAAUGUUGGGUAUUCAUAGUGAGAGACUUGCCAUUGCUUUUGGGCUCUUAAACACCGCACCAGGAACCAGAUUACUUAUCACAAAGAACCUGAGGGUCUGUGGUGACUGCCAUGAAGUAACAAAGUUUUUCUCUGUUAUAGUAAAAAGAGAGAUUAUCGUAAGGGAUGUUAAACGAUUUCAUCACUUUAAGGAUGGAACAUGUUCCUGUGGUGACUACUGGUGAAACAUGUCUUGUCAUGUAAAGCUCUAUCAUCCUGUGAGAUACUGGAUAAAAACUAGGAAUACGAUGAAAAUGUAUUUGUUGCUGCCUUGGAAUUCAAUCGGAGGUCCACCUAAAAGCUUAUUAUGGUCAUCUGUGGAAUUUAUAGACUGAUGUCAUCUGGUGGAUGAGCAAAAGGAUACUUUUGCUGCCUGUUUUCCCCGACUCCUGGAAUUUUUGGGCCGCCUUUAAUAUUAGGAGUAGUCUGCACUUGUGUCCUAAAAUAUCUCCUGGUGGGGCACUGACACUGCAGGAUGUUUGUGCACCAUUGCGUGACCAGUGUUUAUGUAAAUCAAGAAUGUGUCUAGCAGAGAAAAAUAAUAAUUAAGAAUCUGAAUGGGAUUUACAUAGUUGCUUCGAUCACAUUCUGAGGGCAGGAAAAAUAAGUUGCUUCCACUUCUUCUCUGAGAGAGGCAAGCCAACAUAAAUUUGUACCAAGCUUCCAAUAAGGUGGUGAGUGGUAUUUUGAAGAAUCAACUAUCCUGCAAGUUCCAUCAAGGUGACAAAAUUGAAAUGUAUGUGUCAGUAUCAAAAAUGCAGAUGAUAUGUAGCAUACUUUCUCAAGUCUGACUGCUAAAUGUAAAGAUUGCUUGUACUUCUUUGGAGUUAGCGGAUUGAUUCUUUCCUUGAUUAAUAGCUGAACUGGAGUUGAAGUUUGA